AUGGGGAAUACAUGCGUAGGCCCUAACAAAUUAGGGAACAAUGGUUUCUUUCAAUCCGUGACGGCUGCUGUCUGGAGACCCCGUCAUCCGGAGACCCUCCCGGCCCCAAAUCAAGACAAGGAAGCCAGUAACAGCCACCACAAGGACAAGGACAAGGACAAGGACAAGGAGAAGCAUAAGAACAAGAGCGACAACAACAACGAGAACUCCGUGAAUUCGGGCGGCAAAGGCUCAGAUUCGACACACUCAGACGUGCAGAGCACCCCUCCGACUCCGAUCAAGAUUCCGGGAGCAGUAGAUCCCCAGAAGGCCGGGAAUGUAGAGUCAAGAACUGAGAAUCACACGGGUAAGCCGGCAGAAGGGGUGAAGCAAAACAAGCCCACCCAUAUCAAGAGAGCCUCGAGCGUGGGCCUGCAGGUCGAGUCAGUCUUGCAGCGGAAAACCGAGAUUCUGAAGGAGAAGUACAGUCUUGGGAGGAAAUUGGGGCAGGGGCAGUUUGGGACAACUUUCUUUUGUGUUGAGAAGGGGAGUAACAAGGAGUUUGCCUGCAAAUCUAUUGCUAAGCGGAAGCUCACGACAGAGGAGGACGUGGAGGAUGUGAGGAGAGAGAUUCAGAUAAUGCACCAUCUGGCAGGCCACCCAAACGUCAUAUCGAUCGUGGGGGCUUACGAGGAUGCCGUUGCCGUUCAUGUGGUUAUGGAGCUGUGUUCGGGAGGGGAGCUUUUCGAUAGGAUCAUUCAGAGGGGGCACUACACAGAGAGAAAGGCUGCUGAGCUGGCGAGGUUGAUAGUUGGCGUGGUGGAGGCCUGCCAUUCGCUUGGGGUUAUGCAUAGGGAUUUGAAGCCAGAGAAUUUCCUGUUUGUGAAUGAGGAAGAGGAGUCGCCGCUCAAGACCAUCGACUUUGGUCUCUCGGUCUUUUUCAGGCCUGGUGAAAUAUUUCAUGAUGUGGUUGGGAGCCCAUAUUACGUGGCCCCGGAAGUACUAAGAAAGAGUUAUGGCCCAGAAUGUGAUGUUUGGAGUGCUGGAGUUAUUAUCUAUAUUUUGUUAUGUGGAGUUCCGCCAUUUUGGGACGAAACGGAGCAGGGGAUUUUCGAGCAGGUUUUGAAAGGGGAGCUGGACUUUGUAUCUGAACCUUGGCCCAGCAUAUCUGAUAGUGCAAAAGACCUUGUCAGACGAAUGCUUGUGCGAGACCCGAAAAAGCGGCCCACAGCUCAUCAAGUUCUUUGCCAUCCAUGGGUACAAGUCGACGGUGCAGCUCCAGAUAAGCCUCUCGAUUCGGCUGUUCUGACUCGUCUGAAGCAGUUUUCUGCUAUGAACAAACUCAAGAAGAUCGCAAUCAGAGUUAUCGCCGAGAGUCUUUCGGAGGAGGAAAUUGCCGGACUGAAAGAAAUGUUCAAAAUGAUAGAUGUGGACAACAGUGGGCAGAUCACCCUGGAAGAGCUGAAGACUGGUUUAGAGAGGGUCGGUGCGAAUCUCAAAGAUUCAGAAAUAGUGGGCUUGAUGCAAGCUGCUGAUGUUGAUAACAGUGGAACCAUAGACUACGGGGAGUUUGUUGCAGCCAUGUUGCACCUAAAUAAAGUCCAUAGAGAAGACCAUAUGUUUGCAGCAUUUUCGUACUUCGACAAAGACGGUAGCGGGUACAUCACAAAGGAUGAACUUCAACAAGCUUGUGAGGAAUUUGGCCUAGGAGAAGCCCACAUAGACGAAAUCAUACGUGAAGUUGAUAAGGAUAAUGAUGGCUUGAUCGAUUAUAGUGAAUUUGUGGCUAUGAUGCAAGACACCGGUUUUGGUAACAAGGGAUUGCAGAACAGUAUAAGCAUGGGGCUAAAGGGUGCUCUUAGGAAUGGUAAUCCUUGA